ACAUUCAUGACCUGCAGAUCACUGAAUGGAUUGAUUUUAUCCAGAGGCUUGGUGGUGGGCCAACCUUUAUUUUCAUCAGCGGCCGCAGAAAGCGCCGCGGAUCCUGGUGUGUGCCGAUCUCCGGAGGGUCCCGGAUAAUCCAGCUGGACCCUCAGUGGACUGGAUCUUCCUGCUUACCCAUACUAAGCAGAGGUGGGGUGGGUUUCACACUCCGUGCGGGGAUUUUUAAUUCACUCAGCGCAGGUGACCUGAAACUGAUUGCCCAGGAGGAGGACGGGAGAACAAAUGGAAGGACAGCAGAGAGAAAGUGGAUAAGAAAGAGACCAGAAGCAGGACCAGAAGGUUUCCAGUCUCUUUCAAUACAGGGCUUUGACUUAAAGAGCAGACAGUGGGCAUUACCAGAAUAAAAAAGUUACUACCAGAUCUUUUGUGAUGGAGAAGACAUACUCCCUAACUGCCCACUACGAUGAGUUCCAGGAAAUCAAAUAUGGCGGUCGCUACAGCAGCGACAUCCUCAGCAAUGGCAUGACCCUUCACCUGGGGGGCAGCCUGGACCGCCAUGUGGUCCGAGGGAGGGGCAACACCUGGUCAAACAGCCGAAACAAAGACCUGAGCGGCAGCAGCAGCAGCGGGGGCCUUCCUCGCUGGAGCAGGAGGGAGAACUGCCUCCUGUCUGCGUUGGUCUUUGCUGCAGGCAUGUGCCUCAUCCUGGGGAGCAUGCUGGCUCUCAAGUACAUUUCACUUGACGACGCGGACUGCAGGCAGGACUGCCAACACAAACGCUCCCUUAUGCGGGCGACUCGCUUCGUUCAGGCCAAUAUUGACAUAACCAUACAGCCUUGCCAGGACUUCUAUUCCUUUGCCUGUGGAGGCUGGCUGAGGCGCCACGGUAUCCCCGAAGACAAGCUCAGCUAUGGCAUCAUCACAGCUAUCGGCGAGCAAAACGAGGAGAAGCUGCAGCAGCUCCUUCUGGAGCCGGUUCAGAGACAUGGGCCAGACUCCGCAGAGCGGAAGGUCAAGGAGUUUUAUCGGUCCUGCAUCAACAUCAAGGAUAUUGACAAACUGGGGUCAAAACCCAUGACAGAGGCGUUAGACAGCUGUGGAGGAUGGGACCUGGAGGGAGCUCCUUCGGGCGCUGCUGGGUGGGAGAGGGAGGACGCCCCCCAGAGGCCGGAUUUUAAUGAGCUGCUCUACCGGACGCAGGGGGUUUUUAGCACUGCUGUCUUUUUCUCCCUCACCGUCAAUGUGGACGAUAAAAACUCCUCCAGGAACGCCAUCAGGAUUGAUCAAGAGGGACUGACUCUGCCAGAGAGAAGCCUCUACCUCGGUCAGGAUGAGGAUAGUGUGAAGAUCCUGGCAGCGUACAAAGCCCUGAUGGAGCGCCUGCUGAGCAUGCUGGGCGCUCACAAUGCCACACAGAAGUCCAAGGAGAUUAUAGAGCUGGAGACCCAACUGGCCAAUAUCACUGUGUCGGAGUACGAUGACCAAAGGAAAGACAUCAGCACAAUGUACAACCGAAUCACCCUUAGGCAGCUGCAGCGCAUCGCACCUAGCCUUCACUGGAAGCGAUUGUUGGACCGAAUUUUCCACGACAACUUCUCUGAAGACGAAGAGAUCGUGGUGCUCGCCACUGAUUACAUACAGAAAGUCUCUGACAUCAUCAAGAACACUUCAAAGAGGGUUCUGCAUAACUACAUGCUGUGGCGCAUUGUGGCAGCGCUAAGUGAGCACCUGUCCACCGCCUUCCGAAGCACCAUCCACGAGUUUUCUCGAGAGAUCGACGGCACCGAGCAGCAGCUGGAGCUGGGCCGGCUCUGCCUCACUCAGGCCAACAAGCACUUCGGCAUGGCUCUGGGGGCGCUGUUUGUCAAGAAGCACUUCUCUUUAGAGAGCAAAGUCAAGGUACAGAAGCUGGUGGAGGACAUAAAACAUGCCCUGGAUCUUCGGCUGCAGGAACUGGACUGGAUGGAUGAGGCCACCAAGGAGGCUGCCAGAGCAAAGCUCAAGCACAUGAUGGUGAUGACGGGAUACCCAGACUUCUUGCUCAAAGAUGAACUCAUUGAUCAGGAAUAUGGGUUUGAUGUGAACAAGAAGACCUACUUCAAGAAUAUCCUCAACAGCAUUAAGUUCAACAUCAAACUGUCUGUCCGGAAAAUACGUGAAGAAGUGGACAAGACGGCGUGGCUUCUCCCCCCGCAGGCUCUUAAUGCCUACUACCUGCCUAACAAGAAUCAAAUGGUUUUUCCUGCUGGCAUCCUGCAGCCCACCCUCUACAACCCUGAGUUUCCACAGUCCCUGAACUACGGAGGAAUAGGAGCUAUCAUCGGCCAUGAGCUGACACACGGCUAUGAUGACUGGGGGGGCCAGUACGAUCGCUACGGCAACCUCAAACAGUGGUGGACUCAGGAGUCCUACAGAAAGUUCCAGAAAAAGGCCGAAUGCAUCGUCAAGCUCUACGAUAACUUCACUGUAUAUAACCAGAAGGUGAAUGGCCGCCUGACAUUAGGAGAGAACAUAGCCGACAUGGGAGGACUAAAAUUAUCGUACUAUGCAUAUCAAAAAUGGGUGCGGGAUAACGGUCCAGAGAGGCCCCUCCCUAAGCUAAAAUACACCCACGAACAGCUGCUCUUCAUAGCCUUUGCACAGAACUGGUGCAUGAAGAGAAGAUCUCAGUCCAUCUAUCUGCAGCUGCUCACUGACAAGCAUGCACCAGAGCACUGCAGGGUGCUCGGCAGCGUUUCCCAGUUUGAUGAGUUUGCCCGUGUUUUCAACUGUCCCAAGGGUUCUCCGAUGAACCCUGUGGAAAAGUGCUCUGUUUGGUGACCCGGUGACCCUCGAUUUUCAAGAUCCAAACAAAACUCACCGUUUCGUCAGACACAUCACAUUUUCCCGCAGCUCAUCAGGGAGGAAACAGUGUUCAGACCCUCUGCAUAUGGAGCCACAUCAUCAUCACCGUCAGUGACUGAGUACCACUGGUCUCACCAAGCAUGAGUCAUGUGACUGUAGCUUGUGUACAAAUAUCAUGUGAUUAUAAAUAUUUUUCUAUGUUUACAUUUAUUUUGAAAUCAUCUAUUUUUCUAUUUGGCAGAUAUCUCAUACAUUAUGUUUAGGAUUCAUAGAGUUUUGUUUCAGGUUAGGCGUUGUGUUUUCUUGUUUGUUUGAGGGGUCUUUGUAUGAAAAAGGCUUAUUUCAUAUGUAAUGAAAAAAUAGUCAAUUUAGAGUGAAUAUGGAUUUGUAGCAUCUUAGUGCCAGCCAAACAAUCAGGAAGUAUCCAUCUGCAGGCGUCACUCUCAGGCUCACUACCAUUUCCAGUUCAUAAAUUGUUUGCUCUCAUGCCAGGAAAUUAAACCUCAUAGUAACCUCGCUGUGGCUAAAUUCAUAUUUUUAUUAUCCUCCAGAGAAAACACGUUUACAUACACUAUGAAAAGAUGCGUACACGUUUUUUUUGUUGUUGUUUUUUCUCACUGUAAGGUAUUAGAGCUCACUGAAGUUUUUCUGUUUUAAAUCAGUUAGGAUUAACAAACUUAUUUCAACUCACUGCAGCAUGGAAGAUAUUAAAGAAUUUGAAGAAACCCAGACAAUGUCAUCCGAGUUAAACAUACUGUUUAGGAAAGAGACGGGUUCUAUGUCCAAAAGAUGAGCGUAGUUUGGUGUAAAAUGUUUGUAUUGACCACAGGAGAAAAGCAAACCUGGGAAAGAUGCUGACUGAAGCUUGUAGGAGAGUCAUUAUCUGCUGUGAAAUGAGUCCUGUACCAGGAUGGGGAGAGAGGUAGAAUCCUCUCCUGAAGCAACUAACAAAAAA